ACGUCCUUGGACAAAAACUAGUAUGAACUUUUUUCUAGUGUUAAAUCGAAAGUGGAUCUAAUCGGCGGCGGUUCGGUCCGACGGUAAUCGUGAUUGAUUGGUGAUAGUAAAGCAGCAAGUGAGUGGAUGCGCUUCUAACAGUGAUCAUCGUUGUGUUGGCAUCAGAUCCAUUCAGUUGAUAAUGCAUCAUCAGCUGGUCAAAAGAGCCGUGAAUUGAUAUUUUGUCUAUAGAACCCAGCCAAGCGCACUAAUAAUUCCCGCCUUUUGCCAACUUCAUUGACUGGCGAAACAAGUUGUGGGUCAAACCUAGGACACCAGGAUGACUAACGAUUCGCAAAUUAGCAGCUGCGAUCGCUGCCCGAGGCUAGUAGCUUUCGGAAACGUGCUGCUGGAUAUCAGCGUCGAGCUGUGCGACAGUAAAAUUCUCAAGGAUUUCGACCUGAAGGAGGAUGACCAGCGGGAAAUUCCGGCGGACAAGUUGGACCGAUUGGGGGCCGUUGCCGUGGAGACAUGCGGCAAACCGAAGUACAAUCCCGGUGGCUCGGCACUGAACACGUGCCGCAUUUUGCGCGCACUCGGCGAGAAGAAUGUGAUCUUCUGCGGUGCCAUCGGGGCGGACGAGAAUGGAGACAUUCUAACUCAGAUCUUGAAGGAUAGUUCAUUGGCUACGUGCAUACAAACAUUGCCGGAGUAUUCGACCGGCACGUGCAUUUGUCUUAUCAGCGGUGAUAAGCGUAGUCUUAACGCAAACAUCGGGGCGUCAUUGCAUUUCAAGAAGGAAUUUGUUAUGUCACGAUGGUGUCAGAGCAAAAUCGGUAGCUGCAACUCAGCUGCCCACACCGACGCCGAUGAGGAAGUGCGCAUCUUCUAUGUUGAGGGAUAUUUUGUGCCGGAGAAAUUUGCCAUUUGCAAAUAUAUUUACGACAAGUACUGCAAAGGAACGCCCAAUUUGUUCGUGACGAAUUUGAAUGCCAGCUAUAUUCUACAAAACUUUACUAAGGAAAUGCAGCUACUGGUUGAGCAAGCUGAUUUGGUAUUUGGAAAUCUAACUGAAUUUAUUUCAUUGGCCGAAAUCUACCAUUGUGACACUGUCGAUGAUCUGGCCAGGUGUUUGAUUAGGAAAUACCUGAAAAUCAAUCGGGAAAAAAUUCUCGUCGCAACCGAUGGCUCCCGGAGCGUUCGUUUCUAUCACGGCAAUGGUAGUGCUUUCUACGCCGAAUCAUAUCAGGUUCCGAUUAUUCCCAAAAAGGCAGUGGUCGAUACGACUGGUGCUGGUGAUUCCUUCGUUGCCGGUUUUCUCUACAAGUACAUGAACGGCGAUUGUCCCACACUACUGGACUGCGUCCGGCAUGGUAGCAAGGUGGCUGCCAAAGUAAUUCGCCAAGUGGGUUGCAAUCUAUCCUCAUCAUUACCCACUUCGCCGGUUAGCGGUUUGGUUCCACCCGUAGUCGAGCCCGAAACGAAACUUGCCUAAAAUUGUUGCUAGCUCUUUAUCUUUAUAUCAAACUAUUUCUUAGUAACUUAUUAUCCGGAAAAGGUGUACUUAAAGUAAAAAUAUGUUUCUUAAUUUAUAUAAGCGAAUGGUGUUCUGUAACAAAAUCUCGAAAAACUUGGUCGGUUAAAAGUCGGAAGGUAGUGUGAUCUCAUUUUAUUUCGUUUUUAGUAUUAGCGCUACUAGAGGAAUUCAUCAAUAUUAUAUGCCGAAUACACAAAAGCUAAGACAACUUAUA